AUGCACAGAGAAACCACGCUCGAGUUUGCCUGCCCCAAGUGCAAGACAACCUUCAAGGAAAAGAGCAGUCAGACAAACCACACAAAAGCCUGCGGCGGAGCCCCCAGAGGAGUAUGUUCAGACUGUGGAAAGAGUGUGUCUGUAUCAAACAUGGCUAGACACAGGAAAACCAACUGCCGAAACGCACCGAUAAACAGAAACAACGAGACGACAAUAAUACGAACCAGAGGAUACAAACAAUGCGACAAAUGCGGGGCAUGGAUCAUGAAGUCAAACUUAGCGAGACACAAAAAUGUGUCAUGCACGGGAAAUACCUGCCAAGGCUCUAUAUAG